AUGCGUUCAAGGGGUUCAACCCGCCGUAAAGCGAGUAAGCACGGAUCAGAUGAUUCUCCUGUGGGUACCUCCGCGAAGCCUGUAUCAGCCGACCAGGGUACCGAGGAACUGCUUAGGAAAGUGUCGAAGGACGAAAAGAAAGGCCUUCAAGCUGCGAUGAGAGCUCACUGCACCCGUCGUGACCAAUGCUGCGUAUUGACUGGCGAAUGUGAUGACGCGAUUCUCAAAUGCUGUCACGUCCUGACCCCGGAGUAUGGCGCAAAAUGGUUCGAGGAGGAUCCUGAUCGACGAGACUUCUUAUGCGGCUUCCCCGUCGUCUCCAACCGUUAUCUUCCGUCUUUCGACACCAAGAACGGUCUAACAAUGACUUCGUCGCUGCACGACAGUUUCCAUGCCUUCCGGUUCUCCAUUUGGUCCAAAGAUGACAAGUUUGUUGUGCAUUUGUUCCGUCCCGUAACUGGAUUGCAUCACGGUCAAGAAGUCAUGACACCCCGCAUCCUCCCUCACAGUCCCACUCCAACAUAUUUCCGAAAUCUCUUUCCGGAGCCUGAGCUUUUCCGGGCCCAUUUUGCUCAGGCGGUCUUGAAUAACAUGCGCGGUGCCGCCGGAGAAGGAGAUGUUCCACUCUCCGAUACCGAUACUGACGAGGAGGAGGUGUUUGAUACCGACGAGGACCUUGAAUUGCAUCCGUGGGAUAGUGAAGCAGAGCUAACUCGGAAAAUCAUUCGUCGCGACGAACUAAGGCGGUCCUGCGAUACGUUGUACGAGGUGGAGGGUUAGGGUUACGUUUGGAGACCGUCGGAUGUUCGGGUUGAAAUCCCCUGGUGGCCUUUUGGCCACCUAAAAUGGCUAGGGAAAGAUCGCCACCU